CAGAAAUCUCUUAGACGAUUGGCUAGGGGUCCUGAGUAGAAGGGCGGAUAUUAUGGGCGGGAAAGACGGCGAGAGUUGACGUCUGUCUCCGCCUCUGAAUGUAGGCAUUCGGUCGGUCGCUUGCUACUUGAUUGGUUAUUUGUCACUGCCUUUCUUUCCUUCUAUCUUUCUUCUUUCUCCAGAGCGCGUAUCGCUGGCUUUUUUUUUUAAAUAGUUGUUUUGUUCCCAUCUGAAGUGGAUAUUACAGUCCUCGGGUAUGCUGUUGUAACCGGGGUGAACAAUCAACUAACUACAUUCGUACUUACACUCGCCGCUCCUCAGACGUGACUCGGUACAGUUGGAGAAAGUCUAGAAAGAAAGUAGUUACGGUUGCUUUUUCGGGUCAGUCGAAAUAGCAAGGUCUCUGUUUUUGAGAAGAAAGACCCCUUGAGAAAAAAUCUUCCUUAUUUAAAAAUAAAAGAUAUUACAAAAGACUUUCUCCGCUGGUUUAAAGUUAGGCGAGUCGAAAAAGCGAGAUCUGUAUUGUCACAGGGGACUGGAGGAUCAUACAGCCGGUAACUAUGUCUCCUUACUGAAAAUGUGUGAUGAUGACGUGAUAUGAUAUAGCUUUGGCUAUGCAGGACAUAUUCGACCGUUGCUGAGCCCCUAAUUCUGCUGCGGUUACGAAAACAUUAAUGAAAGUUUAGCGCGAUCAGGCGUCAGACAUCCGAAAUCUCCUGUCUUCUUGUCGUUUGAAAGCAAGAAUCAUCUGAAAAAACGAGGAUGCUAGCAAGUCUCACCGCAUCCUCAGCAGAGCCCUAUCCAGGAUAUCACAGCUCUUCGGUGCCAGGCUUUGACGGAAGCCGAUGUGGGAUGAGGCUGGGAGAGUUUCAGAGGAGCGUAGCAUCCCUGUUUUCACCUAGUCCCUGCUACCAUCCUUUCCUGACCAUGGGCAGAGCGGCCUUGGGGUCUCCUGGAGGUCGCUGCCAAGUUUCGCUGUCCGGGCUUCCUCUGCAGGCAGCAGACGACAGGAAAGGACUGUCAGUGCUCGGCCACGCUUUCGGGAGCCCCGGUCAGGCUCCCAUGGAUCGGACUUUGGUCUCAGGCUUCGUCGCAGGUUCAGCGGUUGUCACCAACGUCGACCCUUUCUUCAAAGACCACAAGCGAGUCCAGUUCGGCAGAGCUUUCUCUCGAGGGAAUGUAACCGAGUUCACCGUGGACAACCUCCUGGCCUGCCCAGCCUCCACACAGCCCUGUCCUCCAAUGCUGUCUUCCACAGAUGCUGGAACCAUUUGCCUGAAGAACAUGGACAAGUCACAGUUUGAAUUGUCAGAUCAAGGUGACGACACGGGUGAUGACUGUCCACAAGGGAAGAGACGCCGAACGAGGACAAACUUCACUGGGUGGCAGCUGGAGGAGCUGGAGAGGGCCUUUCUGGACUGCCACUACCCGGAUGUCUUCAUGCGCGAGGCGCUGGCUGUGAAGCUCCGCUUGGCAGAGUCCCGGGUGCAGGUCUGGUUCCAGAAUCGAAGAGCGAAAUGGCGGAAGCGGGAAAACACGCGCAAAGGCCCCGGCCGUCCAGCGCACAAUGCCCUCCCGCACACGUGCAGCGGCGACCCCAUCGACCCCGUGGAGCUGGAACGACGCGAGCGAGAGCGCGAGGAGAAGAAACGCAAACGGCAAGAAGAGAGGGCCAAGAAGCUCAACGACAAGCGCCGCCUGCUGGUGUCUCCGAGGAGCCACCUCAGACCCUGCCCUGUCAUGGACGUGGGGCUCGAGAUCGACAAUCGCGAGCAACCUUUCUGGCCACGCCGCACGGAGGUAGAUGACGACGGAAGCGGAAUCCGCGAACAAGGGAGCGCCCCCUCUGCAGACGUGGACCCUUGCGGCACGUCCGUCUUCAGAGACGCGGCACGUGGCAGCAGCUACGACACGCAGGGACGGUCUCACAGGCUGGGCGACGUCGGCGAUCCACGUCACUGCGACACACCCGAGAGUCAAUCGAGUGACAGCACAACCCCACCGUCUCCAGGACGUAUCCUUGACGUAGGGGAAGAGGUCGCCUACCUGAGCCCUGUCGCUGUCCGCGGAGCGCCUCGUACUGCUGCGGAACGUCUUGGGGCUGGGGAGCGAGUCGCAGACGACGUGGAAACGUCGAGCGUCCUCAAAAGACGAAAUGGGCAGAGAUGCUGUUGUCUGUCUACCUUCGAUGUCCGUGACCUCCUUGCAUACAUGCACUCGCCCUCGUCCAAAAUGCAGUUUCACUAUCGACAGCUUGCUAGGUUCUUCAGCGAAGAAGUAUCGUCCGGGACCUCUGCGAUUUUCUCCCCAGGCCUCCUGACAUGUCGCUCCCAAGAGACUCAGCUUCGCUUUGGUUUCGCAGACUCUGCUACUGUCCAACCGGUGGGAUUCGAGGUCGAGCAACUGGUGAAGACGAUGGACCUAAGUGCACGAGAACGUCAGGACCUCUGAAAAGCAUGUUCAUAUUUUAAAUAUCUGUAUAUUGUACAAAGACAUUGCUUCGGUGAGUCUCUCACUGACUUGCACAAUCUGGCGCCAGUUUACCAAGUUUUGCAAACUUUAUUGUGGCUCUUGGCCUCACAACGUGAGAAAAAAAUUAACAUGCCCAGAAGAACGUAAUAAAAAAAAACCCACCACUUAUUAUAAAAAGAAUGUUGAGCACCUACAGUUCUCGUGACCAAGUUGAAAUACCGAGCAAGAUUGCAGACCUUUCAAUUUCUAGAAGAGUCGCAAAGUCAACAGAACAGGCGAGCAGAUUGAACUGAUCAUUUGAAACACGGGGAACGGCGAAAGAGCUCGCGAAAUUAAGAAAAUAAUAAAAGAUGAUUAUGUUGAAGUAGGUUGAUAAUGGAAUGGUGACAAUGAUUUGCGUUUGAACACUUGUUUAGAUGGUUCAUCCUCAUCAUCCUCACCCUCAUCCUCAUCAUGUGCUAUUGUUGCUGCGCUGCAGAUGUUUUUUUUAAGAUCCAUUAAAGACGAUAACCACCCGGUUACUCAGUUUUUUUUAAGU